AUGAAAGGAAACCUCUGGGGCCUCGCCCUGCCCCUGCUGUACAGUAGCUGGGGGACCCUAAGAGCAGAUCCAGGAGCUGCAGACCAUCAUCUUGGACAAACAGCCAGCAGAGGGGACUUGGUGUUUUCUGCAGAUUGUUUGAUCAGACUUGUGGAAGAGGGAUUGAAUCAGCUGCCAUAUAAAGAAUGCAUAGUACCUGGACAAAAAAAAAAAUUCAUGGUGACCACUCCAACAGGGUACAAGUAUGAAGGAGUGAAAUUUGAGAAGGGAAAUUGUGGGGUCAGCAUAAUGAGACAUAGCACUGGAAAUACUGUAAUUGAAGCUGUAAAGUUUCUUCUAGGAGUUCAACCCAGUGUUAUCCUACUCAGUUUGUUCUCCACUCCUCAUGGUGCCCAAUCAUCAUUCAAGUUUCCAGGGACCACAGUUUUAACUACUGAAGUUCAUCCUGUUGCACCUGUACAUUUUGGACAGAAUAAGUUAUUGAAGAAAAAUUGUCUUGCCCUGUGCUAG